CACGUGACCGCCACGGGCUGCGAGAUCCGCCGAAGCGCGACAAAAACAAGCGCCAACUCCGACUCCGACUCUCGACGUCACCGACCAUGGUUGGAAGCUAAUCGACCUCUCUUUUGUUUUCCGGGGUUCUAGACCAUUUCUCGAACCUUUCCUCUUCCCUUGCAACUCCCCCGGACAGCAGCCGUCUUGCACAUGUAAUGUCCAUUGAAGUUGACUGGGGCGCCGCGACCUCCGGUCCGGACGGGGAGGCUCUGGCCGAGCGCAUCCGUUCCUUUAUCCAUGACAAGUUCCAGCAGGUCGCUCUGCCACGCUUUAUCCGCUCCGUACAAGUCCACUCUUUCGACUUUGGGACCAUUCCGCCCGAGCUCGAGAUCAAAGACCUUUGCGAGCCGUUCGCCGACUUCUAUGAGGAGGAUGAAGACGACGAUGAAGCGUCCGACAUAUCCGAGGGGCUUGUCUCUGGACAUGGUGCGCAAUGGCAUGGUUCUCAUUCAGAGCUCGACGAGUCUCCUUUCCGCGACGAGAAUGCGAUGCAUCAACCUCUGCGUGACCCGUUCACCGAAGGCUUUCAACCCUCGGCCUUGCGGUCUCCGAUAGCUUUUGGCGACCAUCUCAACCCGCAUUUCCUUCCCCGUGCCGGUACUCCUGGUAUACCCGGAGGCACAUCGACUCUCGGAUACCAUCUGAUGUCCCUUGGUGGGCUUUCUGGGACACAGACCCCCCUCGCUGCAGUUGCAGGUGGAUCACCGUUUGCGAGUGGAUGGAACGACUCCGGGAUGAUGGGCCCUGGGAAUAGGGGAUGUCCACCUCCUCCAAUCUUCAAUGCACAUCAAUCGCGACCGGAAGCCGACAUCGACAGCAGCAAUCCGACCUCGCGCCCGUCCACAUCUAGUACGCUACCUUCUCAUCCGUCCGGGUCCAACAAGAACACUGGUGAUGGAGCAGGCAGUGCCGACCAUGGAUCACACCCGGAGGAGCAUGGACAUAUGGAUGACCCUUCGGAGGAACCUCUUCGGUUUCCUCGGAUGAGGGAGCGCAGGCCCGAGGACUUUCAGGUUCUGUGCCAUGCCAAAUACGCGGGUGACGUGCGGUUGUCGUUAACAGCAGAGAUUCUCCUGGACUAUCCCAUGCCUAGUUUCGUGGGGCUGCCCCUGAAACUGAACGUCACCGGGAUAACUUUUGACGGCGUCGCAGUGGUUGCCUAUAUCCGCAAGCGGGUCCACUUCUGCUUCCUGUCAUCCGAGGAUGCGGACGCGCUAAUUGGGUCGGACCAACAGGAUGUCGGGGGCCAAACGGACUAUUCACGACCUGGUGGAGAUGCGACCGUCUCUGCAAAGCGACAAGGUGGCCUGCUGCAAGAGAUCCGGGUCGAGAGUGAAAUCGGCCGGAAAGAAGAUGGGAAACAGGUCCUCAAGAACGUCGGCAAGGUUGAACGAUUUGUUCUUGCGCAAGUGCGACGGAUCUUCGAGGAGGAGCUCGUCUAUCCUAGUUUCUGGACAUUCCUGGUCUAGUUGUGCCGCGGAAAAACAUUGUCGACUCGCAUUGAUCUAAACCCGUGAGGUUUUAGGGUUUGAUCGACCAUUUGAAUCGCACCGUCUGCUCUAGACCGCCUCGAGCCAAACGAUUUGUCAGAAACAGGCACUAAAGCUGCAGUGUUUUAUAUCAACAUUAGCGCCUGCGUCUCUCCUUGGCGAUAGAAUAAAUGCGUCAUGCCGAAACCCCACAACAUUGUCACUUUCAGGAUGCGUUCCCGUGUUCCUGCCAGAGGCUGAGGCUGCCAAGUCCCGACAUCCCACAAACAUCUGUAUCGUACUUGCCCUUCAAGAGAUAAGCGACUGCAUCCUUGGCUCUUUUAGCUCUCACCCCUUAAUCCUCCUGACGUAGCAGCCA